AUGCCGUCUGCCACUGGUCCUAACGCCUCCGCCCACGUCCCGGCUUGGAAAAGAUUGGGACUCAAACUGAAAUCUGCCCAAGAACCUGAACAGCCUGCUGGCGAUGCUAUCAUAGAGCCUGACACGUCAAAACGCAAAAGACUAGCUACUACCACAGACAACGCUCCCAUAAAGAAAUCAAAGAGAAGUGCAGAUCUCUCAGUACAAGUCGGUUCUGAAGUCGCUCCAGUCACUCCACAGCUUACGAGGAAAAAGUCUGUUACGUUUACGCCAGAGACGAAAGCUGAAGACGGAGAUAGCAUAAAGCAAUUAUUCAAUAGCUGGGUCGCGGAACAGAAAUCGGCUGAUCCUUCAUUCCAAUUCAAGAACUCCAGUCCUGCCUUCAAGACACCGGAUACCCCUCGCGUCGAGGAGGACGUCGAUCCCAACCUCGACGAGAAAGAACGACGAGUGAAAAGAGUCAAGAAGCCCAAGGCAGAGAAGGCAGAAAAGUCGAAACAGCCAAAGAAGCCUGCCAAAAUUACAAAGCCUGCUGCCCACUUUUCGCGGCCUUUUCUUCAGUACCUGAAGGAAUACUGCGAAUCCAGAAGCACUUGGAAAUUCAACAAGAACCACCAAAACCACCUUCUACGACACGCCUUCGACGCUGACGUCGUCCCGUCAGACCACGCAUUAUACUUAUUCGAAUACGUGAGAGGUCUUCAAGGAGGAGUUAGGACAAGGCUACGUGAUACAGCACUUGGAAUUAAGGUCAAGGAUCAAGAGGACGGCAUUGCAGGCUUUCCAUCGACAAUGGCAGACACCGAGAAGAGACAGAGAGACUACGAUGUUGCAAUGAAGGAGUAUGUCGCUACCAUGACUGCAGCCCAAACUCCUGCUAGCAUGGGUUACGAGGAGGGGGUUGAGUUGGGGCUUUCCGACAAGGCGAUGGCAGGAAGAGUUGCAAAGCGAAUGCGGGCAGAGAGAAUCUUGGCGGAAUUGGCUUCUUCACCUGGAAAAGAUGAGAAUGGUGCUGUGCUCGUCAGUCAUGAGGACAAAUCAAAGAGACUUCGGUUGGACGACGGCAGUGUACUGAAAGUUGCCCGAAAGCGGAAGCAGAGGACUAUUACAGACGUCGACAGCAGUUCUUCAGAGAGCGAAUCUGAUGAUGAGAGUGAAGAUGAUGAGGUUGAAGGGGCCGAGGGUGCGGCAGAUACUUCAUCAAGUUCCUCUAGCAGCUCUUCCGAGUCUGAAUCAGGGGAAGGAGACAGCGAGGGCGAUUCUGAGGAUGGAAGCGAGGAGGACGGUUCUGAGGAGUCAACUCUAGCCCGGCGACCGACAUUUUCAAUACCGCCUACGUCAGGACAUCAAAUUACUAGCCACAGCAGCCAACCAAACAAGACCACCAUCUGCACAUCUCACAAUCCCAUGCUUGGCCAUGCUUGA